AUGGAAAAUGUUUUUGCAACGCAAUUUCUAACUGAAGGAACGACACCACAUUUAAAUAAUAUUUCAGAUACAAUAAAAAUGCAAUUGGGUCCGUUUAAUCCACAGGUUCAGGAUUCGAAAACGUUAAAUAUACAUUCAUUGCAUGCAUCGGCAUUCAGGUUGCGUUACGGUAAUAAUUAUCCCAGAUUUCCAGCACAUCUCAUACAGCAUCUUCAACCUCAAUUAUUUCCAACGACGGUUGAUCAAAGGUUACAUUUUGCAUCGGGUGCUUUUCGUCCUUUCACCGUACCUACACCACAAAAUAAAUUAUUUCCAUCGGCAUUUGCUCCUCCUCUUAAAACCGAUAACAACAGUCAUGAUUCGAUACAAGAAAUUUCUCCAGGACCUUACGUAUCGAGUUAUUACGGAAGCGAAACUGAAGAUGAUACAAAUUUCAGAUCGAAUUCUGAUAGGGGAGAAGUCGAGUUACAAACCGGAGAACAAAAUUCGAAAUUGGAAUUAAGGCAGAAGACAUCAUCGACACCAUCACCACCGCAAUCUUCAUUAACGAAGGAUGAUUGUAAAACGGAAAUCGGUAAUGAAAAAGAAAUGGUGGAAAAUAUGGAUUCUGAUAAUUCGGAAAAUCGUAACAUGAGAAGAAUGAAAUUUUCACUGGAUCCGACAAGUUGUCCCAUAUGUGGCAUCAUGGUUUUACUCGGAGAAGCAGAAGCACAUUUUUUUAAAGAACUUGAAAAGUUAACUCAUUUAACAACAAUAAACCGUGAUAAAAAAUAUGCAAUAGAAAAAUAUCGUGACGUUCAAUCGUGUUUUCCAACCUUUGGAAAUUCUUCUUCUUCAUCUUCAUCAGAUGAUAAUGGAUCGCUAACGGAUUCUGGAGUUCCUCGAGGUCGUUGGGAGACUUAUCAAAGAAUUAAAUCAAAUAGACUAAGUCGUUUACGUAUAAAAAAUCGUAAGAAAAAAAAUGGAGAUCCUGUUUGUCCCGUUUGCAAUGAAAAAAUUCAAGGAAGUGUCGAAAAUAUUAAUCUUCACCAUACCGACGAAGCAGAAGAAGACGAAGAUGAAAAUAUUGACGUAGAAGGUGACUCUGAAGUUUAUGGAGAAUAUGAAUGGACAGGUAGACACCUUAUUAGAGCCACAACGUUUCUCGUCGGAGGUUUUACAGCGGGACUGUUAACUUCGGAUACGUCAUCAUCAUCGAAUAAUCAUCAUCAUCAACAACCAUUGGAAAAAAACGAAAGAAUACCGAAUUUAAUCGAAGGAGAAGAUUCAAAUUGUGUUACUCCGGCUCAAUUUUCCGAUACUGAUACGUCAUAUAAUGCAGACGAUGAUAAUGUUAAAGAUAAAGGAGGAAAACAUCGAGAAAAAAAUUCUAUUCAAACCAUAAACGAAUCCGAUUAUGAAAAAUGCUCAAAUGGUAAAACUAUAAAUAGACCUUAA